AUUGAGGCUAGCUCGAGGUCGAAACUAUUGCUUUCCAUCCACAUCCACCACAAUGGCGGUGGCGUCGCCUCUGCCUCUGCAGAUUUUCGUGGCCGCGCUUCUUGCGCUGUCCCUGUCCACGACAGCGUCCUCAUCGCCUGCGCCUGUGAACCGGAGCAGCUGCUACAAGCGUCUAUUCAGCUUCGGCGACUCUCUAACUGACACAGGCAACUACAUCAUCCACUACUCCACCGCGUCAGGGCCCGUCCUAGCGCUGCCAUACGGCGAGACCUUUUUCGGCCGCCCCUCCGGCCGUUGGUCCGACGGCCGCCUCAUCGUCGACUUCAUCGUGGAGAGGCUGGGGUUCCAGUACUGGCCGGCGUACCUGCAGGUGUCAACCAGGAAGCUACCGGCGGAGGAAUUCCGGUACGGCGCCAAUUUUGCGGUUGCGGCCGCCACGGCGCUGAGCCAGGAUUUCUUCCUGAAAAAGAACCUCAGCGUUGACCUGCUUACCCCGAGCCCGAUCCCCCCUUACUCCCUCGGCGUCCAGAUCGGCUGGUUCAAGAAAGUGCUCGCCAUGGUCGCCUCCACGGACCAAGAGAGGAAGGAGUUGAUGGCGAGCUCGCUGUUCCUGGUGGGGGAGAUCGGCCUCAACGACUACAACCACCCCUUCUUGCAGAACAAGACCCUCGAAUGGGUCAGGCCCCUCGUGCCCCAGGUCAUCAGGUCCAUCGCUAUGUCCAUCGAGGCUCUGAUCGAGCUGGGCGCCAAGACCAUGUAUGUGCCGGGUAUCUUCCCGCUGGGGUGCACCCCGCUGUACCUCUUCCUCUUCCCCGACGACGACCGCGACCAUGCCACGGGCUGCCUUCAGAGGCUCAACGACCUCAUCCUCGUCCACAACCACAUGCUGGAAGCCAAGCUCGAGAAGCUCCGCCGCGACCACCCCAGCGUGUCCAUCACCUACGUUGACUCCUACGACAACGUCCUCGGCCUCAUCACCGCGCCCACGCAAAACGGGUUCGGCAAGGAAACGGUGUUAGAGGCCUGCUACCCCGUCUUCAUUUCGGGAUCAGCGGCGGUGCCGUGCCCAGACCCGUCUAGGCACGUAAAUUUCGACGGCCUGCACAUGACGGAGGCGGUGUACAAGCUCAUGGCCCGCGGGAUGCUCGACGGCCCGUUCGCCGCGCCGCCCAUCAUGUCCACAUGCAACCAUAACUGCUAGCGCAAUAGUGCAUGUUACAUCUGAUUGUCAAAGUAUCGUACAGAAUAUUGCUCAAGGGACAGGAGAAAUGUACGAGGUUAUCAUCAACGAUAUUGACUCUCAGAAGUCUAGAUUUGUACUAAGUUAUUUUAGAUGAUUGUGAGCCAUCCGAUCUAGAUAGGCAUAUAUCAGAAGGGUUGGAUGCGUUUUGCUA